UUCAUCAUUAAUUCAUGCCAGGUUGACAGCAGUAGGGGCACAUCCAGAGCCUCCUCCAGCAGCUAUGGAUGGAGGAAGACUCCUAACAGCGUCCUGCUCUGUCCCUUGCUCCUGCAGAACAUCUGUAGCUGAAGCUAGCUACAUGUUAAUUUCUAUGAAAGUCUGAAAUAGGACUUUGGGGAGAUGUGAUACCAGAUCUCAAGCGAUAUUGAUCAGAGAAUGUGACUGUGAUAAAUUAGUACAGCACAAAUGUAUCUCCCACAGCCCUUUCUGAGUAAUGAUGUUAUCUUCUGGGUGGGACAAGAACAUGCUCACCUCUGAGAUCGUAGAAUCAUAGAAUCAUUCAGGUUCAAAAGGACCUCCAAGAUCCCCAAGCCCAACCCCAGCCUGCCCAUACCAUGCCCACUGACCGUGUACCUCAGUGCCACAUCUGCAUGGUUCUGGACACACCUCCAGGAUGGUGACCCAACACUCCCUGGGAAGCCUGUGCCAGUGCUUGACCGCCCUUACUGAGAAGAAAUCUUUAUAAAUAUCCAACGUGAACUUUCCCUGGCACUACCUGAGGCCGUGACCUCUUGUCCUAUCACCAGCCACCACAGAGGCUGUGGAUGCUCCAUCCCUGGAGGUGUUCAAGACCAGGCAGGAUUGGGCCCUGGGAAACCUGGUCUACUGCCAGAUCUGGAGACUGGUGGCCCUGCCUGUGGCAGGGAGGCUGUAACUUGCUGAUCCUUGGGGUCCCUUAAAACCCAAACCAUUCUAUGAUUCAGUGAUUCUAUGAUAGUUACAUGGGAACAGAGGCCAAUCCCCUAUCACCACAACCUGGGGGCCCGCAGCCUCCUGCCUGCUUUGUAAAGGGCAUCCCCAGGAGCUCUGUCCAGACAUCUGCCUCUGGAACUGCAGCAAUGCCAUGGCCAUGGCCGCCCAGGGCAGCUGACAGGGUAGGGCCGAAGGGUGGGGCCGGGCUGCCCAUCUGUGACAUCAGCAGGAAUGCACGGCAUCACAGUGCAGGGGAUGGCUCUAGGGCCGUCAGCAGGCAGUGCCGCUGCAUUGUAGCCUGGGCCACUGAUCAUGGCUUUGGCGGUUCUUCUCGCCUUGUUGGCGCUGAAGGUGCAAAGUGUUGGUGUCGAUGACGAUGCGACCACGCUCGAGCGCAUAUACCAGCGUGAGGUCUAUCUGCAAGAGCAGAUGACACGGAUGCUGCUCGAGAUAGAGCAGAGGAACAUGGAGCAGAGCUGGGUGGGCGUGCCGGCCCUGCUCUUUCCUCUGCUGGACUUCUGGAAGCUCUGGUUCAGUAUGGGACUGUUUUUCUUGCUCUUCUGGAACAUGUGGCGGUCCCUACAAAGGAUCCAGGAUGAUGACAACAGUAGUGAGGAGGACAGCUCCAGCAGUGAAGAGGAGGAGGUGAGAGGCGAGCAUGAGGAAGAGGAACAGGAGCAACAGGAGCAACAGGAGCAACAGGAGCAACAGGAGCAACAGGUGCAACUGGUGGAACUGCAGAAUGAGGAGGAAGAGGAGAACGAGGAGGACCAGGAGGACGAGGAGGACGAGGAGGACGAGGACACAGACUUCUACGGUUCACCACUGACGGUAUUUAUCACACGGCAUGCCCUGGCUAAGCUGCAAGGAAGGGCCAGCAGGUGCGAGGUGGUGGAGGAGCUGAUGAGCGACCUGCUGCAGAGCUUUAGGUCCCUCUGGUCAGACAGUUUCUUCCCGGUGCUGCAGCCCGCCAUUGGGGUGGGCAGCACCUUUGAAGGCUGGAGUCCCCGUGAGGAGGACACUCUCUACUGCCUGCUCGUGCCCAUGGAGGCCCCCCGCGGGCAUGUCUUCGUCCUGGACCUGGGCAGCGAAGGGGAGCUGCUGUCAAGGAACUCCCGCAUCCGUGUGGAGCUGGUGUGCACGUGCGAAAGGGAGCAGCAGCCGGGGAACAUGCUGUGCUUCCUCCACAGCCCUGAGGAAGAGCUGAGCCAAAAUCAAGGCACCAGCCUCCUCCACUCGCUCUGCACUGGCUCCUACCUGGAUGCGCAGAGAACUGCCACCUGGUUCAACCUACAGGUGGAAGGAAUCUGGACAGACACCGGCUGGGAGUACGCCUACAACCUAAGGGUGCUGCCCUCCAGCCGCUCCUGCAAGCUCCAGAUGACAAACACCACCAGCGGGAAAAAACUGUACAUUGAGUUGCUGUUCGGGGUGCAGCAAGGUGACACGGACAUCUUCCUGAGCAGCCAGAACUCAGAGGCUGGCUUUACGCCCAGCACAACAUGGCCGCAGAGCUGUGCUGUGGCGGAAAAGAAGUUCUUUGAGUAUGCGGCCAGGAAUGCUGAAAGGAACAGCUCCCACAAGAGCUGCCUGAGGCUCUUUGCCCACAUCCUGGUGGGCAUGGACUUUUCCACCUACACGAUCAAGACUGUUUUUCUCCACCUCCUGACCACCAUGCCUCCGGAGACCUGGCAGAGGAGGAAUUUCCUGGGUCAGCUGGAGAAUGUCCUGCGGUUCCUGCGCUACUCCCUGAUGGAGAAGCGCCUGAACCACUUCCUCCUUGGCAACGAGAUGGUGCCUGAUGAGAUUGUCCUGCCGCCGGCCUUCCGAGCAGCGAGCCCACUCAACCUCUUCCAGCACCUGGAGCAGGACCCGGACGCCCACUCCCAGGCGCUGCGGGAAUGCAGGGAGCUGAAAAAUCGCCUCCUCAGACUGCUGCUGUUUGGACGCUGAAAGAGGCCUUUGUCCAAACACAAAGUUUUUUUUGUUUUGUUUUUGCCUCAAAGCUUACUUUCUUCCUAACAACUUGCUGUCAUGUGAAAACUCACUGAGAGCGCUCUCAAACGGCAGUGCAGUUUGGCAUGGGCUCAGGAAGAAGCAGUGACAUGGAUAUGCCAGCCCUGCUCUGCUCUUGGCAGGGCACACCAGUGAGCAAGCAGCAGGCAGGGCGCUGUACAGCUUCUCCAGUGAGGAAGAAUGUAUUCAGCAUUUAGCAAAGUGGAGAGAGCCCGAAGGAAAAUGUAUUUAACAGUGCUGAAUUUGGAAAAUAUAACCAUCAAACAAUGUUUGAAGUCUGUGUUUUGCUUUGCCGGUGACAGGUUGCAUUUAGUGCUAGGCGUACCUAGAAUAUAGCUGCACUGAUGCAUUUAUCCGCGUUUCUAAAGAACCAUCAGCUGUCCAAUCAGUUUGCCAAAGCUGCAGUAGUACAUGCUGACCAAACCAUAAGCAGACACAAUGUUAUGCUGAUGUGUGGAUGAGGCGUCAGCAGCUUACCAGUAUUAAAGUAGAUAUUGUAGCGGACAGUGUUACGACAUCAUUAUUUCCUGAAGGGUAACAGUCAUCAAGUCACACGCAUAGUUUCAGUCGCUGCUUACUUCAUAAUGAAUCCAAGAGUGGGUCAGGGGGAGGGGCAAACAUCUCUUGUGUCAUCAGUCCCAGUGCUGCAGAAUAAAUGCAAAGCCCUUCCCCUGCAGCAGCCCUCACUUGGAGCCCCCUGCACCCACUGUGCUGCUUGCUGCACACAGCAUCCCAGCUCCUCCAGGCACUACAUCUAAAAUAUUAGCCACCGACUCCCUGCUAGCACACGGCCAAAAAUAGCACGAAAGGCAGCAGGGAACUGAUUCAUAGAAAACAAACAAGCAAAAAGAAAAGCCCCUUGGAUGGCCUGCUGCUGAUUUGUGCCUCCUCUCUGCAUCGCUGAGAUCUCAGCAAAAGCCAGAGUGCUAUCCUGAGCAGAAGGGAACCGAUGCACUCACUCCUGGGCUGGCACGUUGACCAGGCAGGCUUCUUUUCACCUCACACAGUCAUUUAUCCCAAAAAAAAAAAAAAUAAUGAAAUGAUCUCCAAAAUAAUUGUUUUCCUUCAGCUGCCAGCGCACGCGUUCCAACGUAACGUAAGAAAACGGAGAACGCUGCAUUGCGAAUCUGAACGGUAAUGAGCGCAAACACAACCCACUGAUUUCCAGCAACGGCAAUAAACUGAACAACGCCGUUCUCUCCCUAAUUAUAGCAGCCGAGUGCGUACCCAGAUGGAGCCUGCGAGCGCCGGCUGAGUGUUGAUGCUGCUUGUCAUGCAGAAACAAACAGGAGGAACCGCGCAGGCAAAGCACCGGGAAGUGACAGCUUUGGUAGACGUGCAGACUCAGCACCGAAGGAUCCGUUUCCCCGCGCUGUCUGCUUAUGUUCCCCCCUAUCUUCAGAUCUAUUUCUGCUAAUUCGCUCGGCGUUAGGAUGUUUGCAAAGGCAGCGUCUUUGCUGUCUCAGAUCCAUAUUGGUAGCACAUAUGCACUUUCACUGAACAUGACAAGGAGCUCGGCGUAAGCAAUGAUCGGGGCGUCUCGCGCUCUGUAACAGCAGCUAUAAAGGCUGAAGGAAAGAUGAAAUAAAAUCAGAGAUUUACAAAUGCUUCCCCUUCUGGCAAAGCCAGCUCCAGACCUUUCUACCUUUAAAAUGCAUGAAGAGUAUAAAUCCUCAACAAAGCAAUAUAUUUAACGGCGUAAAAUACUGGGAGACACAAAGUUUAUGAAAA